AUGCACAAUCUCGUGAGAGAACCAUUAAUUGAACAAAAAACAGAAACAUGUGAAGAUAGGUUUAGUCAUGAGAUGACAAUAAAACUACUCGAAAUUGUACAAUCCAAAUUGCAUAUUCUCAAUGACAAGAUGCAUUCUAAAAAAAAGAUUUGGACUGAUAUAGCAAUAGAAAUGCAAAAUAAUGGUUACUUAAUUCGUGGAACGAAAGGGGCUGACAAAUGUCAUCAACGUUGGAGAAAUUUGGAAAAAUUGUAUCAUGAACAUUGCCGUUACAUGAAAAUAACUGGUACGGGAAAGAAAAAGCCACCAAAAUAUUUUGAUGAAAUGCACGAACUUAUUGGAGAAAAACACAGCAGUCAACAAGUCAAUUUACUAGAUUCUCUUGAUGAUUCAACAACAACAGUAUCUGGCACUUGCAGUAACGAGGCAAAAAAUAAUGAAAGCAUAGAUAACAGCUUUUCAGAUAAAUUAGGUAAUGAGUCAGAGGAUAUAAAAGAAAACAUAGAUAAUAAAGUAAAGAGUCUGAAUAUUUUCAAAAACGUUAAGAAAUCGGUAAAACCAAAGAUUGAUAAUGUAAGCACAGUGUUAAAAGAGUUACACGAACAAGAUGUACAGUUUGAAAAUAAAUGUUUUGAAUCAUUUCAGACAUUGUUAGUAGAGCAAAACGAGUUAAGAAAGAGAGCAGUAGAACAGCGUGAUGAAUUUUUAAGUGUGAUGAAAAAUUUUCUCGAGUUAGAAGCACAUAAAAAAUCCAAAAAAAGAAAAUAUUCCUCUGACUCAGAUAAAUCGUAA